GCAGGCACGUCAUUUGUACAGUCACGCUGUCCCAACCGUCUUGGACAACCAACCAAACCCACCGAACCCUAAAGCCCAGCCGGCGAUAUAAAAAAUAAUAGACACCACAAAAAAGAUAUCUCACAGCCAUAUCGCUUUCGUAACAACAAGAGAGAUUGAACUUUGCUAGCCCCAUUGGCUUGCCCACAUUCAAUGUCAUUCACCCGAAGACCUUCGGAUCAAUCCUCGUAUCCUCCUAAGCAGCAGGAACCACCUCAACGAUAUCCGCAAAUGCCCACGCAUCCUGCAGACCAGCCAUCCGCAGCCAAAGAAGAUUGGGAGCCUUAUAGUCACCGAUCAUCAGAUGAUUCUUAUACUGGUACUGGCUCGCUUCCACCUUUACAAACAAAGGUGCCAACUUCUUACGAGUAUAAGCCUUACGCGACAAGACCAGACUACCGACCAGACCAACCUUAUCAACAACCCACUUCCCCACCCAGCGCCUUCCGCCCCUCUUCUUCCUCCUCUUCCUCUACAAACACCUCAUGGGACUACAGCGAUGCUCGCAUGCAACAGAUAUACCGAGAUCGUACAUUUCAUCAGGUAUAUGUUUUUUUAAGAAAAAUCAUUGUACUCCUUUUGAGUUAGUACGCAACCUUUCCAGCGUAUAGCAUUUAUCUAACUUCACACUUUAAAAUGAUUUAAGUCUACGCCAAGAUAUGAUACUCCAUCUCAUAAUCAACAGCUGUCACGAGAAUAUCAUCGCGAUCCUCCAGUGGCUGAACACGCUUCUAAAACCCCUACAUAUCCCCAGAAGCAAGAUCAUAGUCAAC